CAGUCGUAUGGAAGAAGGUAGCGACUAUUAUGUUGUCAAGAAAGGGGACAUGGUUGGUGUCUACAAAACUUUAAACGAUUGCCAGGCACAGAUUUGCUCUUCGAAGUCAGGAUUACGAAAUGAUGUAUCUACCCUACUAUUGCUAAUUAAACAUGAAGUUAUUUUAGCAAUGGUUCACUUGUCCUUGCCUCCUCAGUCAAGUCCCUAACAUAACUCACUGUGGUUGCUUAUGUAGGAAUUUGUACUAAACAUCGUUUCUUUUGUCAUCUUGCCUCGGCAUGUUCCUUACUUGGCUGAGGGGAGAUGAAACAUGUCAACAUAGCUUCCCUUUUAGAUUCUGUUGCUGUUUGCUGUUCCAUGUCUAUGUAACUACUAACAUGGUUCAUUGCAAUUCUUUCUAGUGCUGGACUGCUGGUUAACCAGUUUAUGGUUAUAAGAUAUUUCUUGAUAUGUCCUUGGAGUUCAUUGAGCUGGGUAUCUGGUCCUGCUGCAAGUGCCUACAAGGGUUACCGCUGGAGCAAAGAAAAGGCGGAAUACCUCUCUUCACGUGGACUGAUUAAUGCUUCAUAUACAAUCAAUGCAGCUGAUUUUAGGGAAGAUUUAUUGGGCACCCUUGUACCCUGCACUUUCCAGGAGAUAACUGGUCCUAGUUCAAACCAGCUAGCCCCAAAUCUGUCCGGAAUCUGUAAUGAUACAAGUUAUCAACCUGGUAUCCGUAAUGAUAUAAGAUAUCAGCCUGGGACACAACCUGUGGAUCUGAACUAUAGUGCCGCUGGAUCUAGUCAAACCCAAGGUUACUCGGGCCAAGAACAAGCAUUUAGCAGGCUGGAUGCCAAACCAAGGUCCUCCAGCCAUUCCUCUCCAAAUAACACCAACCACAGUGGAGCUUUUGACGCACAACCUGUCUCAAAACAAUAUAUGGUAUGUGUUGUUCACUUUGAUGGUGCUUCAAAAGGAAAUCCAGGAAAAUCAGGUGCUGGAGCUGUACUUAUGACUGAAGAUGGGAGAGUGAUAUCUCGACUUCGUGAGGGUCUUGGUGUUGCUACCAAUAAUGUUGCUGAGUACCGGGGCCUUAUCUUAGGACUGAAAUAUGCUAUCAGACUUGGAUUCAAGAGAAUCAAAGUAUAUGGUGACUCCCAAUUAGUCUGUUAUCAGGUCAAAGGUACAUGGCAAGCAAAGAAAGAGAACAUGAUGGAACUCUGCAAAGAAGUGAAAAAACUCCAAGAAAACUUCAUUUCUUUUGAAGUCAACCAUGUGCGGCGGGAAUGGAAUUCUGAGGCGGAUCGCCAGGCAAACAUAGCUGUCACCCUCGCAAGUGGAGCGGUUUCUGAGGAGCGUGGCGAUGGUUUCUAAGUUCUGACAGUAGCCUUCUCCGCUCUAUAACCAGUCCGUGUAGUCAGUUAGCUGUAGUCUCGUGUUCCAUCGAGUGGUUUGGUGUAUCAGUUCAUUUCUUAACUCUGUCUGUAUUCAGUUGAAUGUGAUACACCGUGCUUCUAUGAAUGGUCAGUCGUUGCAAAUGGACUAUAUGCGGCUUAGCACUUCAA